UUUCCAGCCUUCCCUUCUACCCUCGCCAAGCAGAAGCGAAACUGCCAAACCAUCACCCAAUUCCAUCAGAUUUCGUCGGCUGCUCACUUUUCCCCAUCUCUGGUCAUCUGGCAAACAUGGCGACUACUUCAAUGGAUUACGAGGCCGCCAACGGCGAUCGUUACGAUGACGAGCCUCCUCGUUACGAGCGUGACAACAGAAGCGCUUCUCCUCGUCCGGCGCGCGACGACGCAGGCAGCCGUCGCCGAUCCAUGUCUCCCACCGGAAAUCCUGAUGUCAACGUCAAGGAUGCACCUGCCCCCAAGGAGGAUGAUGAUGGUGCCAUUAACCCCGGUUCCAACCUCUUUGUCACCGGUAUCCAUCCUCGUCUGUCUGAGGCUGAGGUCUCCAAGAUGUUUGAAAAGUAUGGUGAGGUUGAGAAGUGCCAAAUCAUGCGAGACCCUCACACCAAAGAAUCUCGUGGAUUCGGAUUUGUCAAGAUGGUCACCUCCGAACAAGCUGAGGCCGCCAAGGAAGGCCUCCAGGGUGAGGUCAUCGAAGGCCGCACUAUGAGCAUCGAAAAGGCCCGCCGCGCUCGUCCUCGUACGCCCACGCCCGGCAAGUACUUCGGUCCUCCGAAGAGAGACCCCCGCUCUCGCUUUGAUGACCGCCGACGUGGCGGUUACGGAGGCGGCGGUUAUCGUGAUGACUACCGAUACCGUGGCAAUGAGAGAGGCUACGACCGCAACUACGACCGCGGAUAUGAGAGACGAUAUGAGGACCGUGGAGGAGGCUAUGACCGCAACUACCGAGAUGAUCGACGAUAUGAUGACCGUAACUACGCAGGUGGACGAGACUAUGAGCGCAACUAUGAGCGCCGCGACCGCGAUGACAACUAUGGCCGCGAACGCUACAACAACUCGCGCGAAGACCGUGGUGACCGUGGUGACCGAGGCGAUCGCUACGGCGCUCGUGGCGGCAACAGCAGCGGCGGUGGAUAUGACCGCGAUCGAUAUGAGCGUACCGGUGACCGUGACGGUGGCCGAUCUCGCGAGCCAGCCGCCAGCAGUGGCCCGGCAUACGCCGAAUCUGCCUCACGACCUGAGGCACGCGAGUCGUAUGGAGGCCCUGAGUCGGCUAUGCACUGAUAACGCCCGCCGUUUCUGAUUGCCCUUUAUCGAUCUUUGGCGCAAAACGUCUUUUGACAUUAAUGGACUGCCUGUUGCUGCUUUUUCUAUUUUUCCGUUUUUUUUUUUCCUUG